AUGACCGGCGGCGACCAAACCCGUGUGGUGGUAGUGAUGGUUCCGUUCGUAGCACACGGUCAUCUCAACCAGCUUCUCCACCUCUCCGGCUUCAUAUCAACCUACGACAUUCCCGUCCACUUCGUCUCCACUGCCGCUCACCUCCGCCAAGCCCGAGCCCGCCACCACAGUUUCUCCGACUCCAAUCGCAUCAACUUCCACGCAUUCGCAACACCUCCCUUUACUACCCCUCCUCCAAACUCCUCCAUCCCCUUCCCUUCCCACCUCCAAUCCUCCUUCGACUCCACCCUCCAUCUCCGCCGCCCUGUCGCAGAUCUUAUCAUUUCCCUCUCACAAACAGCUACUAGAGUCGCCGUCAUACACGACUCUCUAAUGUCAUACGUCGUUCAAGACGUCAAAUCGAUACCAAACGCCGAGACGUACAACUUCCGUCCACUCUCCGCCUUCUACACCUUCUGGGAUUUCUGGGAGAAAGCCGGCAGGCCUUUUCCGGUUGACCGGAAUUUGCUAAACCGCCUUCCUUCUCAAAGUGAAACUGCCACUCCGGAGUUCAAAAAAUUCACAAAACUUCAACAAGCCCACAUGAAUCUCGCCGUCGGCGAGUUAUUCGAUUCCUCGAGAGCCAUCGAAGGCGAAUUCAUCGAAUAUCUAGAGAGAGAAGAGAUCUCCGGGAAGAAGAAGAAGAUAUGGGCUAUUGGGCCGGUUAAUCCCGUCCAAAUUCCAUAUGAUGUGACACCUUCAGAAACCCGCCACAGAUGCUUGCAAUGGCUUGACAAUCAACCUGUUAAUUCCGUCAUUUACGUUUCUUUUGGAACGACGACCACAUUCAGCGAUGAUCAAAUUAGGGAGUUGGCUAUCGGCUUAGAGAGAAGCGAACAUAGGUUUAUCUGGGUGGUUCGAGCAGCAGACAUGGCGGAUGUGGGCAAUUCCAGCGGCGGCGAUACGAUGGUUCGAUUGCCCGAUGGGUUUGAAGAGAGGAUUAACGGUAGAGGUUUGAUUGAGCGGCGGUGGGCACCUCAACUGGAGAUUUUGGGGCAUUUUGCGACGGGAGGAUUUAUGAGUCAUUGUGGAUGGAAUUCGAGCAUGGAGAGUAUAUCGAUGGGAGUGCCAAUGGCGACAUGGCCGAUGCACUCCGAUCAGCCGAGAAAUGCGUUUCUGAUUACGGAUGUUCUUGGAAUUGGUGUGGUGGUGAAGGAUUGGGAGCAGAGGAAGGAGUUGGUGACGGCGGUGGCGGUGGAAGAGGCGGUGAAGAGACUGAUGGGUUCGGAGGAAGGGGAGGAGAUGCGGAGGAGAGCCACCAGGUUGGGGGAUGACGUCAAGAGAUCGGUGACGGAAGGUGGAGUACGCCGUUUAGAGAUGGAUUCAUUUAUUUCUCAUAUAACCAGACAUAUGCAGACUUAG